UUAUUUUAGUAUGGUUGUGUGAGUACAGGUUACAGUUUUGUGUGUGUGAACGAUAAAUGCAUGACCGAGUGUAGUACAGCAGCUCCAUCAUGUCAAGGAAACAGUCAGGAAAGCCCAUAAGGGGAAACAGGAAGUGUGAAUUAGAGAGGAAGAGAGACGAGAGAGCGGCCCGCCGGGCUCUGGCCAAAGACAGGAAGAACAGACCUCCAGGAGGAGCUGACGGUGAGGAGUUUGUCAGCUUCUCCAACCAGCUUCAGGCUCUGGGGCUCAAACUCCGCGAGGUGCCUGGAGACGGGAACUGUUUGUUCCGGGCUCUUGGAGAUCAGCUGGAGGGACAUUCGCGAGGUCACCUGCGUCUGCGGCAGGAGACGGUGCAGUACAUGAUGACACACAGGCAGGACUUCGAGCCCUUCGUUGAAGAUGACGUGCCAUUCACAGAGCAUUGUAAGAGAAGUCUCGAGGUCUUUUUUGUUGGUAAUGAUGCCAUCGUGGCCUUCGCUCGCAGCCAGCAAUUGAAAGUGGUUAUUCAUCAGCUGAACGCUCCACUGUGGGAGAUAAAUGGUACAGAGAAGCCUUCAUGCCGUGAGCUACAUAUCGCAUAUCGCUAUGGAGACCAUUAUGACAGCGUCCGAAAGACUGGAGACAACUCUGAGAGUCCGGCACAUCUGCGUAUAGAGAGUCUGAAUAAUCCCAGACGCUUUGGAGACGGUCAGAAGGAGAAGUCGAGAGGCGCCUCUCCCUCACGCUCUCACUCUGAAGAUGAAGAGCUGAUCUUGAGUAUUCUCUGUGAUGAUAGUCAAUCAGACAAUCUGUGUCAGUCAAGCCUAUCAUCACAGAGAGAUUGUGCCUCAGGGACACACCCUUUAUGUCAAGACAUGCAGGCAGAAUGUAGUGAAAACACAUCGCCAACAGAGGACAGCAUCACACUGAAAUCCAAGCUCUCUAAUAAACAAAGGAAAGAGCAACAGCGGCUAGAAAAGAAGAAGCGUCAGGAGGAGAGACACAGACAGAAGGUUUUACAGGGCAGAGGGUCACAUGACCAGAAUCAGAACAUACCUGAAGCUGUCACUCUUGUGCCAGCGCUCAACACCCUGAGCAUCUAGAGCAAACAUGGGAAGCUAUUUUAAGUGGUCCGUACACUGUGCAAUGAUCUAGAAACUUAAUAGUUUCUGUGUUGUAAUAGGGACUGUGUUGUAUGACUGAGGGUGCAUUUCUUUAGCACGAGGAUGACAUCAAGAUGCAUCGGGCUGUAAGCUCUGCUUGAGAUUGCUGGUGACUGCAUUUUUGUACCGAACAUAGUCAAAUAUUAACUCUAAUUAAUUUCAGUUGACGCAUUUCUGAGCUCAGCCAAAGAACACUUGGAAAGGGAACCAAAAUAUUGAGAGGAGAAAGAGUUGAAGAUUAAUAAUGGACCACUGUUUAAGCCUGUCGGGGUAUUUGAUUUAUUUGUUUAAAAAACGUUCGGUUCUGUUUCUACAUUCAGUUUCUGCAUUCGAAUGAUCAUUGAUUUAAUUUAGCGUUUCCAAACAGUUGAGCAACUUCAUAUUCUGCAGUGGAAUUCUAUAAAUAAACAUUUCAAAUGGGA